CGAUAACCAUCAUCAAAAUUCCCCGUUCGCGAUCGCGAUCGCGUUCUAUUUGCAACGUUCAAUUAUUAUAUCUUAGCAAUUGAUAUACAAGCGCAUACAUACCUCCUACCUACAUACAUGUACCUAAUAUAAUUGAUACCCGUAUGCUAGCCCACUAGCAGCUCCUUUAGCUCAGUAUAUCCACCAUGUCCUCCAUCCGCGCCACAGUCCACGAGUCUCUCCCAUACGUGGACCCGGAGCCUACACACGCCGAGCGCGCGGCCGCUGAAUUUCUCAUCGCCUCCGAACUGCAAUCCUCCUCUGCCAACUCUCCAUCUCCCUCCUUCGUUCUCCCUCCCCUCCCAGAACCCUCCUUCAGCCCCCUCAUAACCGCCGAACUCGCACGCAUCGCCUCCAAACAGCCCCUCCGCGCCAUCGACCUAUCUCGGUACGAAGCUGCCAACCCGUCCGAUAUCUCCUCGUCUUCCAACCCAUCCCAAAUCCAAACCGAGCUCUCGCGCGCUUACGCCGCGGCGACGUACCUCGAGGGCCGCCACGCUCACUUGCAGCUUCUCGACAGCUUCGGCAAGAACGCCUGGCUGGUUGGUAACUGGCAGCUUGAGGCCGAGCUGAGAGACCUUGAGCGCGAGCUCGAUUCCACCAAGAAAGAGAUUGACCUCGUCAACAUCCAACGUCAGCGCGUACAGGAUGAGGUUGGUGGCGAACUGAAGGGGUUGGACGAAGCUUGGAGACGUGGUGUCGGUAGGGUUCUCGAAACCGAGAUUGCUACUGAGGGACUGAGGCAGCAAGUCCUUGAAAAACAAAGAGGGGUGAAUUUAUCGCGAAAUUUAGAAGAACAAUCAAAGGAAUAUCGAUUAAAAGCACGCGGUCGGAAGGCGCUAAGGCUGGGAUUAGAGGAAACAUGAUACUGACUCGCUUGGGAAAUCAUAAAACUUUAGCUAAAUUGCGAGAGGAAAAAUUUCUAGUAGGUAAAACGCCUCUGUUGCGGUAUCAAAAGCUAUCAUAAGUCCUAUUUAAUACGGAAAACGA